AUGUCCGGCACAAAGAUCUGGCUCAGAGCAGAGACCAAGCCUCAAGAGGCGCGGUCAGCUCUUACACCUACGACGACCAAGGCGCUGCUAGAUGCUGGAUACGACGUCACCGUUGAAAAGUCAAGUCAGAGUAUCUUUGACGACGAGGAAUACGCCGCUGUUGGCGCCCGCCUCGUCGAAGAAGGAUCGUGGGUCAAAGACGCACCCAAAGACACAUACAUCCUCGGCCUCAAGGAGCUCCCCGAAGACGACUUCCCACUCGAACAUGUACACAUUUCCUUUGCGCAUUGCUACAAGAAGCAGGCUGGAUGGGAGAAGGUGCUUAGUCGCUGGCCCCGCGGAGGCGGCACAUUGUUGGAUUUGGAGUUUUUGACGGAUGAGAAGGGACGGCGGGUUGCUGCAUUUGGUUACUCUGCUGGAUAUGCAGGAUCCGCGCUUGGAAUCAAGACUUGGGCCUGGCAGUUCACACACGGCAAGGACGAGCCUCUUCCCGGCGAAACCCCAUAUGCCAACGAGAGUCUGCUCAUCAACUCCGUCAAGGAGAUUCUAGAGGCUGGAAUCAAGAAGGCUGGCCGAUCGCCCAAGGUGCUCGUUAUCGGCGCUCUCGGACGAUGUGGUAGCGGUGCUGUCCAGUUCGCCAAGGAUGCUGGUAUCCCUGACGAGGAUAUCAUCAAGUGGGAUCUUGAAGAGACCAAGAAGGGUGGCCCAUUUAAGGAAAUCGUCGAGGACGCUGACAUCUUCAUCAACUGCAUUUACCUUUCCGCUGCUAUCCCCCCCUUCGUCAACGCUGAGACUCUUGCUUCGUCCAAGCGUACUCUCUCCGUCGUCUGCGAUGUCAGCGCCGACACAACAAACCCCCACAACCCCAUCCCAAUCUACAACAUAACCACCACAUUCGACAAGCCCACCGUGCCCGUCACCAAUAUCUCUACCCUCGGUAACCCGGAUCUGCCCCUCGACGUAAUCAGCAUUGACCAUCUGCCGUCUUUGCUGCCUCGUGAGAGCUCCGAGAUGUUCAGCACUGCCUUGCUGCCGUCCUUGUUGCAGCUCAAGGACAGACAGAAUGCGCGUGUGUGGGUGCAGGCCGAGGAACUAUUUAAGGAGCAUGUGUCUACUUUGCCGGCGGAGUUGAGGAAGAGGGAUUAA